AUGGUGCUAAUAAACGGUGUCAAAUAUGCUUGUGAAAGAUGCAUUAGGGGUCAUAGAGUUACAACAUGUACACAUACUGAUCAACCUCUUAUGAUGAUUAAACCAAAGGGUAGACCCUCAACAACAUGUGCUUACUGCAAAGAAUUAAGAAAGAACAAAUCUGCAAAACCUCCUGGAUCAUGUACAUGUGGGAGACAAGAGAAACUACGAAAAGCCCAAAAAGCCAAAGAAGAACAACGAGCAAAAGCUAAGGAAUUUACUGCACAAAAUUGUACCUGCGGUACCCAAAUAACAUGUAGGAUACAUUCAAAACGACAACAACGUAAAAACGGCACUCAUACAGGAACAUCAGGGUUAACACAAAGAAAAAUCAAAACCAAGGGUAAGGUCAAUAGAACAACUUCAUCAGUAUCUCUUGACAGUCAUUUAUUGACAAUAGAUUCACAUGAUAAGCAGUACGAUAAUAAUAAUGAUGAUACCUCUAAUAUUUUUCCCAGGGCAUUUCUUGAUAGUGAUACUACUGGCAAAAUAUCAAAAGAAUAUCAUAAUGUCCCAUCACUAGUUUCUAUAUCUUCACUACAAUCAUCACAAUCCUUAGAGCCAAAUUUUCCAUUACAAAAUAAUCAAGCAUCUACUGUCCAAUAUAGUUUCCUUUUUGAAAAUCCAGCAAUUUACUCUAAAUAUGGUCAACAAGUCAAAACAAGAAAUAAUAAUAUGGAGCUAAACCAUGCUUCAGUGUCGAAUGUUUCCAAUUUGCAUUUAAAUACUAUGGGAAAUACAUUUAUUGAUGAGACAAAUAUGUCAAAUAAUGUAAAAACCAUACAAAGCCCUACCAGAUCUAAUAUUGGUGAGGUUGUUGUACCACUUGAAGAAUAUAUUCCACCCAAUAUUAAUGGUAUAGGUAAAGUUGAUGAUAUUCCUUCGUGGACAGAAGACAAUAAUUUAAUGGACUUCGCUGAUUUCAGUAAAGGCAAGUCUCCGUUUGAUAAACCAUCAUACACAUCAACAACCAGAAAUGGACUACUCGACAUGUUUUCUGACACUUCUUCAAUCUCAACAUUAUCGAGAGCUAACUUAUUGCUGCAAGAAAAGGGUGAUCAAAGUAAUAUAGUACCUUCAACUGAAAGAUCACCAUUGAAUGUUCUUAAUCAUUUUUCAAAUGAAAGACCCUUAGUUUCACAUCAGCUAAUCCAGUCCAAAAAUGAUAUUUCUAAUGAUAAUGAGAGCGUAGCGAGUGUAGAGGUGUUGUCAUUAAUGCCAAGUUUUAUGGACAUUCCAGAAAAUGAAAACGAUAGUAGGAGAUCUUGUAAGUUACGUACAAAUAUUAAUCCAAAUACAAUGAGACAACGUUCCAGCAGUAUUGAUAGAAAUCAUAAAUACUCGAAAAUUCCACAAACAACAUUUGCAAAUUCUUCAGCACUAAGUGAUGAUAGAAAUAUGAUGUAUGAAGGAACCAUGGGCGCAAAUAUAGAAACACAGUUUCCAACAAAUGACCAAUUGCUUGUGACAGAUAAUAUUAACAUGGUAAACUCUCCCAAUUCAAAUGAUUUAAAGAAUAAAGAAUUAAGUAAUGAACCAAAGGUGAUGGAAAAUGAGUUUAAUAUUAGUGCCAAUUAUAAUAUUGAUACAAACAAAGCUUCAAAAAUGAUCUCUCAAGAAACCCCAAUUCCUCCUAAAAUUCUAUCAAAUCAAAAUUUUGUUGAAUUGGAUAAUCUUUUAUCAGAUUUAUAA